AUGGUCCGUGCUGGCUUCAACACACUCUCGCUCGUGCUCAUCUUGGUGGCGUUUGUGUUCCUCCUCCUUGCCACCAUCUCCACUCCCGUGGUCCAGUCGUUCUCGUUGGCCUCCACCGACACCCAUAAGUACGGCAUCUUUGGCUACUGCUUCUCGUCGCGAAACUCAUGCCUCAAGGCCAGCUACCCCUACUCGCUCGACGAUGCCCAUGACUCCACCUCCAACUGGUUGUUGCUGUCGUCCUCAAGGGAGACCCUUGCCAAGGUGUUCAUUGUGGCGCCCAUCGCGCUUGGGCUCAACUUCUUCACGCUUGCCGUGAUUGUGGCCACCCACUUCAACUCCAAGGCCAUUGCGUUGUUUGCCAUUGUGUUGAACAUCAUCUCGUUUAUCGCCACCACCAUCGUGGCCAUCAUCGUGGUGUUGGUGUUCUACCCCAACCUUAACUGGACCGGCUGGAUUCUCAUUGGUGCCGCUGCUGCCAACCUCAUCUCCUUGGUGUCGUUGUUCCUCUCGUUGACCUUCAACAGCGACUCCAACGACGACAUCCACAGCAACGAGAGCAUCGACAGAUACGUCACAGGUGCCGACUCGGAAAAGCAAGGAUUCUCCUCCAACUUCGCUGGCCCUGCUUCAAUCAGCAACAUCCCUCCCCCCAAUCCUACCAACUACGACACCUCCAGCUCCUACAGCAAGGACUUUGAAUCGAAGGCUUCCAACCCUUACAACAGAUCCCAGACCACAAAUUUCCAGGUGACUCCCCACCAGCAAAGAGCCGCCUAUGGAACCAACCCUCCUCCACAGCCCCAGGGGUUCAAGCUGUACGACAAGGCUACCCACAGCAGCAAUUCCUCGGUCUACAACGACGCCAUCCAGACUGCAAAUGACUUCACUCACCCAGACGUGGCUCCCAACUUGGUAGCCAGCUCCGCUGGUGUUCAACAGCCAUCCAACUUAUCUUACCCACGCAAUCAUGUUAGAGAUAGUGGUGUCGAACCCGUGUAUCCAAUGAAUCACUCCAGUGUUUUCGAACACCAUCCAGAAGUUGAGGGUCAUAAACCAUUUACUGAAAUGGAUGACUUUGAAUUGGAAGAUUAUGGUGAUGAUGAAAGAGUUCCUCUUAACAAUUGCCACAAUGGUCAACAAGUGGGCACUAGUGGUAACGAAUCUGAUGCGGACUCAGAUUUCACCUCUGUUUCUCAAAGAGCGCCUAAUCCAAGCUACGGGGCCCAGCAAGGUUACUACCCAGUUGCUCAAGCCCCACACUCUCAACAAUUCCAACAGAAUCAACAAUUCCAUCAACAGCCAUCCCAACAAUACUACAAACCAGUCCAACAAAAUACUGCUUACGGUGGAUUCCAGCCACAACCACAAAUCAACCAACCUGCAAGACAAUCUGUUUCAGACAAUGCCUUGGCUAAUAAUCCAGAUUUUAACGUCGGUGGCCCUCGCCCUGCGAAGCGUAGAGUUCAGCAAGGAUUUGUUCCUGUGGCCAACAGGUAUAACAAAUCUGCUGCUUCUUCUUCCAUGAUGGGUAGAGGUGGUGCCAGAAGUGGACCUUAUGGCGUGAUCUAA